UUUUCUUACAAAGGCACCGUUAACUAACGCCGUUUCCUCCUCUCUUUCUUCUCCUCGCCCUUCCCUCCGUCAGAUCUCCGGAAGAAAUGGACGCACCCCGGCGCAACUUAGGCACCAGCAUCCAAAUCACAGCCUUAGAUGCCAUCGUAAACGUGAACUCCCUGUUCACGUUAGCAGUCUUCCUCGGCCUAGCCUGGAAUCCAACGGACCUUGCCAACACCCUCAUCGCCGACCCCUCCUGCGUCCCCUCCAGAUCAACGGCCGAGAACCUUGUCUCCUUCCACGUGUACUCCUUCAGCUCCUUCCUCUUCUCCAGCCUCCUCGCUCUCGCCCUCAAGCAGGUCAUCCGCCUCUCCGACCGCCCUGCAUCCCCCUCCUCCCACCACCACAACCAAAACAACAUCUUCGCGGCGCGUUUUAGCACCAUCAAGCCCUACGUCAACAGGACUCUUCUCCGGGUCGUGCUGCUGGUGACCGCAGUGGGGUCGGUCUCUGGGUGCGUUUUCCUGAUGCUGGCGCUCGUCAAUUUGGUGCAGGUAAAGCUCGGGACACUGUCGUGUGGGAGCCCCUACACCUACGGGGCGGUCGUGCCGCUGGUCAUCUUCGUCCCGGCCGCACUCAUUAUCUAUAUCGGGCUUGUCCUCUAUGCGUUUACUCGAUAAGGGGGGGUGAGUUUCAUGAUCUGGGUUCCUUUCUUGGGUCUGUUUGGAAAUACCCAAAUUGUUAUUUGGUUGAAUUGUCUUGUCAUCUAUGCUUUUACUCGGUAGAUGGGUGAUUUUGAUGAUCUGGGUUCCUUUCUGGUUGUCCGUUUGGAAGUACCCAAAUUGAUAUUUGGUUGAA